UGGGCGAGGAGAACCUUUGACCAAGCCCCCGUGCAACGACUACACCCUCCACCCCUCCCAUCCCAAGCACCGUUGAAUAGUAAGGAACUCUCUCUCUCUCUCUCCUGUCCCUCUUCAACGCCGGUACUUUGACCUCCAUCAAAACCGGGUAUAAACAAAAAUAUUCCCGGAAAAUCGAAAGAAAGUGCCAAAGACUUUCAUUCCGGUAUUCUCUCGUCAACUGUCAACUGAUGAGCUCUUGCUUCUGCUCUGGUUGGUGUUGUUCUCAAUUGAAUUGAUGACCUCAGUGUUUCGUAGCUAGGGUUUUGGUUUUAUCUUUUGGUUGUUUGUCUCCGGUGAAGUGUCGGAUUAGUGUUUGAGUGAGUGAACGGUUGAUGAGGAAUUAGGUUUUUAGCUACGGUAGUGAUGGAUCGGAAGAUUUCAGCUUCGGAUUUCCUGUGGCUGAUUUUGGUGUUUUAUCGGUUAGUAUGGGUCUCCGGUAAUGCAGAAGGUGAUGCCUUAAAUGCACUGAAGACCACUUUAGCUGAUCCUAACAAUGUUCUGCAAAGUUGGGAUCCUACACUGGUCAAUCCUUGCACGUGGUUUCAUGUUACAUGCAACAGUGACAAUAGUGUUACAAGAGUUGAUCUUGGAAAUGCGAAUUUAUCUGGUCAAUUGGUUCCGCAGCUUGGUCAGCUUUUGAAUUUGCAGUACUUGGAACUUUAUAGCAAUAACAUAAGUGGAAAAGUUCCUAGCGAGCUUGGGAAUUUGACAAACUUGGUGAGCUUGGAUCUUUACCUGAACAAGUUAGAUGGUUUCAUCCCAGACACAUUGGGCAAGCUCCAGAAACUACGUUUCUUGAGGCUCAACAACAACACUCUGAAGGGAACUAUUCCUAUGUCUUUGACUACUAUUCAAUCACUCCAAGUCCUUGAUCUGUCAAACAAUAAAUUAACAGGACAGAUUCCAGUUAAUGGUUCCUUUUCAGCAUUUACUCCUAUCAGUUUUAAUAAUAAUCUGUUGGAACCUCUUCCAGCUACUCCUCCACCCGCACUCACUCCAACAACCCCAGGUUCUCCAGUAAGCAAUAGUGCAACUGGAGCGAUUGCUGGAGGAGUUGCGGCUGGUGCUGCGCUGCUGUUUGCUGCUCCUGCAAUUGCGCUUGCUUGGUGGCGACGGAGGAAACCUCAAGAUCAUUUCUUUGAUGUACCUGCUGAGGAGGAUCCAGAAGUCCAUCUUGGACAGCUCAAGAGGUUUUCUUUGCGUGAACUACAAGUCGCAACAGAUAAUUUUGGCAACAAAAAUAUUCUUGGCAGAGGUGGGUUUGGUAAGGUUUACAAAGGACGCUUGGCUGAUGGCACUCUAGUGGCGGUAAAAAGGCUAAAAGAGGAGCGUACUCAAGGUGGGGAGCUUCAGUUCCAAACAGAAGUAGAAAUGAUCAGCAUGGCUGUGCAUCGAAAUCUACUUCGUUUACGUGGCUUUUGCAUGACACCAACAGAACGAUUACUUGUCUAUCCUUAUAUGGCUAAUGGAAGUGUUGCAUCAUGUUUAAGAGAUCGACCUGAAUCGCAAUCGCCACUUGAAUGGGAAAAAAGGCAGCAAAUUGCUCUUGGAUCCGCUAGGGGCCUUGCAUAUUUGCACGAUCAUUGUGAUCCUAAGAUAAUUCAUCGUGAUGUUAAAGCUGCUAAUAUUUUGUUGGAUGAGGAGUUUGAAGCUGUUGUUGGAGACUUUGGGUUAGCUAAACUCAUGGACUACAAGGACACACAUGUUACCACCGCUGUACGUGGCACAAUUGGUCAUAUAGCCCCCGAAUACCUUUCCACUGGGAAGUCUUCAGAAAAAACUGAUGUGUUUGGGUAUGGGGUCAUGCUUCUUGAGCUUAUCACUGGACAGAGGGCUUUUGAUCUUGCUCGGCUUGCCAGUGAUGACGAUGUCAUGUUGCUUGAUUGGGUGAAAACACUACUGAAAGAAAAAAAAUUGGAGACACUGGUUGACGGAGAUAUGCAGGGUCAAUACGUUGUUGAAGAGGUGGAACAGCUGAUCCAGGUGGCUCUGCUAUGCACACAAGGCUCUCCAAUGGAACGGCCCAAGAUGUCAGAUGUUGUCAGAAUGCUCGAAGGCGAUGGCUUAGCCGAGAGAUGGGAAGAGUGGCAAAAGGAGGAGGUACUACGUCAAGAAUACAACCAUGCCCCUCACCCAAAUACUGAUUGGAUCAUCGCGGACUCCACAUCCAACAUCCGUCCAGAUGAAUUGUCCGGUCCCAGAUGAUCCUUCAACGGUUCUGCCGUCAUAUAUAGAAAUCUCUUGGACACUCACUUUGUAUUUGUAGUGAUAUUUAUCAUCUUUGUGCAUAUGAUUUUUCCUUUCUUUUUUGUCUCUCUCUUGUUUUUUUUCUUCUCAAAAAGUCCAAUCUAUAUCAUAUGUUGGAGUUUUGAUGAUAUUGUAAUGUCCAUAGGGUUACCGGUUGACACUCUGAAUUUUCUGGUGGAAACAAAAGCACGGGAGGAAGGUCCGUGGAAGCACCAGUGUAUGCUAUUGUUAUGUAUCCAAGUAGUAAAUGAUUGUUACACUAAUAAAUGCAUUUUUUUUUUUACCUGAGAGCAAUAAUAACUCUGUUUUAUUUA